AUGGAUGCUUUCUGGGCGGCACCUCCGGUGUCUCGAACGCUCACGGCCUUGACUCUCGUUCAAUCGGUUCUGGUCCAUGGCCGCCUUCUCAGUGGAUAUUAUGUUAUCUUUCUGCCAAGGCUGCUGUGGAAGCUACCUCCCCAGAUCUGGCGUCUAGUCUCACCGUUCAUGCUAACCGGCGGCAAUAUCGCGUUCAUCUUUGAUCUCUAUUUCAUGUACUAUUAUGGCAGUUCUCUGGAAACCGCGUCGCCUCGAUUUACCCAGCCAGAAGAUUUCUUCACCUAUCUGGUCUUUGUAGCCUCUGUGAUCUUGGAUGCCUUAGCCCUCAUCAUGGCGAUGGUCUACACCUACUCGCAGGAUAACCGCGGCCGGAGAGCCACCUUCAUCAUCAUUCCAAUGCCUGUCGAGUAUCUGCCCUUCGCGAUGCUUGCGUUCACUUUGGUUAUGCAUGGCCUGCCCGCAGCAUUAGCUGAGGGCAUGGGUAUUAUCGCCGCUCACCUUUACGACUUCAUCACGCGCCUCUAUCCCACCUUCGGAGGUGGCCGUAACUGGAUCAAACCCCCUGGCUUUGUGCGUCGAUACUUCCGCGGUGUCACCUCAAACCCUACUGUUCGCCCGUAUGGGACUGCUUUCCGUCAGCCUGCAUCGCAGCCUGAGCCGUCGGCGGACGCGUCGUCGUCUUCGUCCUCUGGUGGUGGAUGGGCCUGGCGUUCCAGCGGACCCCGGAUGCUUGGAGCAGUCGGGCUGGCGCACCGCAAAAUUUGGUUUCUUCCCGAACAAUUUUUUGGCCUCCAACGACAACCAACAACCACGAUGGCCGCCGUCAAUAACCAAGAGAUGGACUACGCCAUCAAGCCCGAGGCGGUUACGCCGACCGUCUCCACAGAAGAUUGGCCUCUUCUGCUCAAGAAUUACGAGAAGUUGCUCGUUCGCACCGGUCACUUCACCCCGAUCCCUGCUGGUGCCUCCCCUCUUAAGCGUGAUCUUAAGUCCUACAUCAGCUCCGGUGUUAUCAACCUGGACAAGCCCUCCAACCCCUCCAGUCACGAAGUCGUGGCUUGGAUGAAGCGGAUCCUCAGAUCCGAGAAGACUGGUCACUCCGGUACCCUUGACCCCAAGGUCACUGGCUGUCUGAUCGUCUGCAUUGACCGUGCCACCCGUCUCGUUAAGUCCCAGCAGGGUGCCGGUAAGGAGUACGUUGCUGUCGUUCGCUUCCACGACAAGAUUCCCGGUGGCGAGGCUCAGUUCCGCCGCGCUCUGGAGACCCUCACCGGUGCUCUCUUCCAGCGUCCUCCCCUGAUCUCGGCCGUUAAGCGUCAGCUCCGUAUCCGUACCGUCCACGAGAGCAACCUCUACGAGUUUGACAAUGACCGCCACCUCGGUGUCUUCUGGGUCAGCUGUGAGGCUGGUACCUACAUCCGUACCCUCUGUGUCCACCUGGGUCUUCUGCUCGGUGUUGGCGCUCACAUGCAGGAGCUGCGUCGUGUUCGCUCCGGUGCCAUGAACGAGGAGAGCGGUAUGGUUACUCUGCACGAUGUCAUGGAUGCCCAGUGGGUUUAUGACAACCAGCGUGACGAGUCUUACCUCCGCCGCGUCAUCAAGCCCCUGGAGUCUCUGCUCACCAGCUACAAGCGUAUUGUCGUCAAGGACAGCGCUGUCAACGCUAUCACCUACGGUGCUAAGCUGAUGAUUCCUGGUCUUCUCCGCCACGAGGCCGGUAUCGAGGUUGGUGAGGAGGUCGUCCUCAUGACCACCAAGGGUGAGGCCAUCGCCAUUGGUAUCUCCCAGAUGUCCACCGUCGAGCUCACCACCUGCGACCACGGUGUCGUCGCCAAGGUCAAGCGCUGCAUCAUGGAGCGCGACCUGUACCCCCGCCGCUGGGGUCUGGGCCCCGUCGCCCUUGAGAAGAAGAAGCUCAAGUCCGCCGGCAAGCUGGACAAGUUCGGCCGUGCCAACGAGGAGACCCCCUCCAAGUGGAAGUCCGACUACAAGGACUACAACGCUCCCCUUGAGGACGGCGAGCAGCCCGUCGCUCACAUUCCCGACACUCCCAAGGUCGAGGAGUCCAAGGCCGAGGAGUCUUCCCCUGCCGCUGACGACAGCGACAAGAAGAAGCGCAAGCACGACGGCGAGACUGCCGAGGAGAAGGCCGAGCGCAAGAAGAAGAAGAAGGAGAAGAAGGAGAAGAAGGAGCGCCGGAAGUCCAAGCAGGCCGAGGACAGCUCUGACAGCGAAUAG